UUGUUCUUCUUCUUACUGUUCGCCGGCCUCUUGACAUCUUGAAUCAGCAGCAUCUUGAAUCGGCCAUUUUUGUGCCUUGGAUAGGCUCAUAAUGCCUCUUUUCCACAGUGGGGGAGUGAAACCUUCCGCAAAGAACCCUGCACCUUCGAAUACUCCCCGACACAAGACGCGUCCGAAUGAUGAGAAUCAGCGCGUCCCUAACGAGCCCCGCAAGCAGUCAUGCCCGAAAGAAACUCUUUUACAAGAAAAAAAGCAACAUGAUGUUCCGAAAACGCCCAAGAAGGCUCGGAAUGAGUCGAAGAGCGAUGAACAAUCGAUGAUGGAUGACUUGCUCGCAGGUCUUGACGCGUCAGUUUUCGAGUGGGGCCGGACCCCAUCGCAAGGUUCUCAGUCAAGAUCAACGCGACCUCCACAACAUUCUCCUCUCAAAGAAAAAAAGCGGAGAUCCCCAAACAUAUCUCUUGAUGAUCAGAUGCCUCCGGCGAAGAAAGCGAAACCCUUAUCACCGAAGAAAGUGGUGGCGCUUGGUAAUCCUGACUUAAAACCCUCCAGGGUUAUCCCAAAGAGUCCUACCAAACCCAUGACGGGGAAAGAGAGGAAUAUCACCUCAGCGUUUAGAUCGACGACGGUCAAGCAAGAGAGAAUUGGUUCUCCGGCCAACGUUGAGCGAAUGAUUCCUUUGGUAGACGUCAAGCGCGAGUCAUCACCUCUCGAAGCCAAGUCCGAUGAAAUCGUCGAAGCAGAUGUAAAACCCGUUGUGGAACCCACGGAGGCAUUGGAUGGUAUGAAGAAAGAGUCGCCUGAUAUAGAUGACGAUGAUAUGUUUGAAUUUGACUUCAACAUUGAAGAUCUUGGCGUGACGGAAGAAGAUUUAUUGGCAACAGUCCCUCCACCUAAAAUAAAAUACCCAGUCCUCCACCCCUCUGUGCCUCCUGCUCCCCAAGGGUAUGCUCCUACGCCAUGGGCCAGAUGCAUUGUUGAAGCUGUAUUUGGCGGUUUGUUAUUCGAAGACGGUGUUAUCCCUUCGACGAGUGAGCUUGACAUAAUGAGUGUUGUUGAAGUCUCUUUUGCCAAAACUCUCGUAGUCACUCUAACGGACGGAGGUGCUCGUGGAGUAGUACACCUCAAAGAUCGGUGGGCCGAUACUGAAGUAAGGAAAGGCGACAUCAUCAACAUCGUCUCUCCCUUACUAGCAACUCAAACCACCAAGCCAAUCUCGGUAACCUUCAAAGACCCGUCUACCUUUUUAAUACAUCAUCCCGACCUUAUGAUCACCAUGACCUCUAUUGCCAACGCCAUGCCUUGUCCCCGUAAACCUGUCAUCCAAUCACUUAUCCGAACGCCAGGUCCACCUACGAAACCUCUCCUCUAUGGCACACUUUUGCAUUCUUUGCUUCAGGGCGCAUUGUUGCAACAAGAUUUUGGCGCCGACGGCACUUUCAGAAGACUAGAUGCUGAAUUGAAGAAGGAUGAGAUAAAGCUAGAGAUAUGGAGUACAGAUAUGGGGAUCCUAGAUGUGAGGGAAGAAGUUGGAGUGAAGGCGGGGAGAGGGUUUGAAGUCUUUGGCGAGCGUUACAUCACAAAGGACCCAAAGCCUGAAGGAGAACUUCAUUCUAGCGCGGGUGAUCAGCCAGCUCUUCUCGCCAUCAAUGGUCUUCACGAGGUGGAAGAAGACAUUUGGUCACCGAAAUGGGGUCUGAAAGGCAAAAUGGACGCUUCUGUCCAGGCAAAGAUCAUCCGCGAUCCUCUGCAUGGUACGCAGGUCGAAGAACACGUUGCUCCAUUUGAGAUUAAAACAGGCAGAUCUGUUGGUGUGAUGGCUCAUCGAGCGCAAACAAUGUUGUAUACACUUCUCAUGGAAGAUCGAUAUGGUGUUCCUGUCCCUGCUGGUCUCUUAUACUACUCGGCGCUUGACACCAUCCUUCGAGUCGAAGCCAAGCAGAAUGAGAUUCGUGCCCUCAUUAUGGCUCGUAAUGAGCUCGCAAUGUACAUGUCAAAGCAGCGUAAAAUACCCAAGCAUUUGCCCGAAGGUGAUAGACCAGUAGAGAUUUUGAGAGGGGGUGUCGUCAAGAAAGAGAUGGUCAAAGAAGAGAAAAGAGAGGAGGAACUGGAAGCAGAAGUUGAAGAGGCAUUCUUGCCGCCGACCAUCGAUAAUAUGAGGGACUGUAAGAUGUGUUACGCUGUCGAGAGUUGUAUGCUCUAUCGCAAAGCCAUCGACAAGAUACCUCAAGACCCCGAAGACCCUAUUGCUGAGCUGUACGAGGAGCAUACAGGUCAUAUGACAGAGAAAGACGCUGAAUUCUACAAGAAGUGGGACACCCUCGUGACAGUUGAAGAGCAGGACACAGUGAAGUUUAGGUCACAACUUUGGACCAUGACUGCCAAGCAAAGAGAGAAAAAUGGAAAAUGUUUCAGUGAUAUGAUCAUUGAAUCAUACUCCAACGACCUUGGAAAAUCUCUUGCAAAAAUCCAUCGCCACAGUUACACUUUUAUCCGCGCUCCUUCUGCUAUCUCUGAAAAUACUACUUCUCUUCUUUCCGGACACAUCGCAAAAGGCGAUCCUGUCUCCCUUUCUAUUGAACCUGAUCUUCUUUGUAUGUGGCGAGGCUUCGUUACCGAUCUUACCCAGACCAGUGUCACUGUCGCCGUAACAUAUGUCAUCAACACUGAUGCCCUCCUGAAACGGACAGGACGAGAGCACCGCGUUCUCAGGGCGUCUGACGGGCAGAGUCAGGAUAAAGUGGUGUUUCGAAUUGACAAGGAUGAGAUGGCGAGUGGUAUGAUGCGGAUGAGAAACAACCUUGCUCAGCUGUUUUACAAGAACGGGGAUGAAGCGCGAAGGCGUCUUAUCGUCGACCAGGCAGCACCCGAGUUUGAGCCCUCUUGGCGUCCCGAACCUUCAGAGAUCCCUCCAUCUCUCAACUCUGAUCAGCAAAAGGCCAUGGAGAGUGUCCUCACUGCGCGAGACUAUUCUCUGAUCCUCGGUAUGCCCGGUACCGGUAAAAGUACGACUAUAGCAGAGACCAUCAAAGCGCUUGUAGCGAGAGGGAGGACUGUCUUGCUCACGUCUUAUACACACUCUGCGGUGGAUGCCAUUCUGAUGAAGUUGACAGAUGCAGAGUUUGGAGUAUUACGAUUGGGGAAUAUCGACAAGGUCCACCCUGAUGUGCAGCAUUUAACGCUUGAAGCGUAUGAAGCCUCGGCAAAUAUGGAUCAGUUGAAUGCGAGAUUGAUGACGCCUCCCGUUGUGGCUGCAACAUGUCUUGCUAUCGACCAUCCAUUAUUCUUCCGUCGUCGAUUUGACUACUGCAUCGUCGACGAGGCUUCUCAAAUCACGCUUCCCACCUGCAUCGGUCCCCUGCGAAUGGCAGACAAGUUUGUCCUGGUCGGAGACCAUUACCAACUGCCGCCUAUCGUCCGUCAUGCAGAAGCUCGUCGUGGUGGACUGGACGUUUCCCUCUUUCGGCAUCUCUCUGCCGCCCAUCCUUCCGCUGUCGUCGAUCUUUCUUACCAGUAUAGGAUGAACGAGGAUAUUAUGGCGUUGUCGAAUAAACUCGUAUAUGAGGGUCGGUUGAAAUGCGGGAAUGAGCAAGUGGCGCAGAGCGGACUCAAGUUGCGUUCUCGAAAGAGAUGUAAGGAGAUCUUUGGGGACGCCGGGUGUACGUGCGAUCAAGGGAAAGGGUGUUGGAUCCAGGACUUGUUGGAAGAAAGCGCAAAGUGUGUUUUUAUAGACACGGAUGGGGUACCUGCAUUAGACUCGCGAGUGGGAGAUUUGGUGCAGAAUGAGAUAGAAGCGAAGCUCGUCCAACAGCUGUCGACUGCCCUCGUAGCUUCGGGCGUACGACAAGAAGAUAUCGCGAUCAUCACGCCUUAUCGUCAGCAAAUCAAGCUUUUAUCUUCUUACCUCAAGCCUAUUCCGCGAGUCGAGAUCUUGACAGCAGACAAGUCUCAAGGUAGAGAUAAGGAUUGUAUUUUGGUUUCCCUGGUCAGAUCGAAUGAGAGUGGCAAUAUUGGUGAUCUUCUCAGAGACUGGCGUCGAAUCAACGUAUCCUUCACUCGAGCCAAAAAGAAGCUUGUCAUUUUUGCAAGCGCUAAAACUCUCAAUGCUGAUCCCCUGUUCAAGGAAUUCCUGGAGCUGGUGAGAGAGAAGGGGUUCGAAAAGAAGUUGAAGAAGGGUGACGAUAAAUUACAUUUUGUGCAAGUGCCAAAUUCCCAAGUACCGACACAAGACAAAGGGAAAGAGCGAGUGAAAAUAGAGAAGAAGGUUGUGGCAGGGGCAGGCAAAAGGGUUUUGAAUGGACGAGGACCGUUUGUGAAAGAAGUAAUGAACAUGGAAUGAAGAAGUUACUAGUCGAUGAUGUCCUUUUUUCCGAAUCUGACCAUGUAACAGUAACAACGGCAAAUUAUAAUCUUGUUAUAAUAAUGACAUCAUGUAUCUUGCGUUUUGAUAUCUGCUGGUGCUCAUUGGCUUCCUAGUUCGAUCGUUGGUUGAGCCGCAAUAUGCCCGGAAGAUUGAAAUGAAGAAGAAGGCUUUUGUUACAGUAAAUGUGAG